AUGCCGCCAAAAGUCCAGGAGAGUCCGGAAAUCGUUUUGACGCGAGCGCGCGCUAAACGAGACGACAUACUGAAUUCCAUUAAAGGCAUUCACGCCACUGCAUUAGAGGCACGCUCCGAUGUCAGUCGAGUACCGUCGUUAAUUAUUCAUGCCGAUGAUUUGAAUAGGCUCGUCGAACAAUUUCAAAGUCAGCGAGAUGUUAUUAUUAACGCGUUAAUUGACCUCAACCGUAUCGCCGAGUUCGAACAGGUUGAUCGUCCGUUGGUUACAUCAAUGGAAUCAAUACGUCUCGAAAUUAAAACUAUCGUCGCGAGUGCCGUUCACGUGAGUGCCGCUUCCGCAAAUAUUUCUGAAAUUAAAUCGUCGUGCACCGCUGCCGCGUCGCAACAUUUUAUCCCGCUACCAAAAAUCGAGUUACCGCACUUCGACGGUGAUUUACUAGAGUGGCGUUCUUAUCGCGAUAUAUUUGUGUCCCUCGUACACGAUAACACUCUCAUCGGCGACGCGCAACGUUUCCAUUUUUUAUUAGCUAGUCUAAAGGGAGAUGCGUUAGCCGUUGUGAAAUCAAUACCGCUGUCUGCGGAUAAUUACGCGCUCGCGUGGGAAGCAUUGUCCGAUCGUUUUGACAACAAGCGUCUUUUAGCUUCCGCGCAUUUAGACAAACUUUUCGCUUUCAAGCCAAUCGCACACGAGUCGUUACCAGCUCUGUCAUCAUUCGUAAAUACAUUUAAAAAAAAUGUGUCUUUAAUUAAGUCCCUCGGGGUCAAUGACCUCGCCAGUUUUCUGCUGUUUCACAUGGGAGCUCGGAUUCUGGACCCAGCUACGAUGCAGUUAUUCGAAUCAAGUACGUCUCCAUCGAAUAUUCCGACGUUUGACGAGUUAUUACAAUUUGUACAACAACGGUGCCGAGUAUUAGAAAAUAUUAAGAAGCCUAGUAAACCUGACAUUAUUGUAAAACCGCACGAAAAGUAUAAUGCGCGUAAUAAAGUCGUACCGAAAAAAUCAGUUUUUGCCGCCACCACGUCUACAUCGGUCAAGUCAAAAUCGCGAGGUUGUUUGUUAUGCGAUAAGGUUGACCACCGUGUUUACCAGUGUCCAAAGUUCAACGAUAUGACCGUCGAGAAGCGCCGCGAAUUUGUAGCGGCACGAAGAUUAUGUUUUUCAUGUAUGAGUUCGUCUCAUAUGCUCAACGCGUGUUCAUCAACAGGGGGCUGUCGCUCCUGCAGCAGUAAGCGUCAUAAUUUCUUGCUACAUCUUGAUAACGAUCAGUCAUCGGCCGCGAGCAAAGCUAUUCCGAGUACCAGUUCAGGUCCCUCCGCCGACAAGCCCAGCUCAUUUUCGGGUGCAGCGUGCACCAACUCCACGGUUGUCCUCGGUACGGCCAUAGUACACAUCAAGGACGCCUGGGACCAAACACAUUCAGUUCGAGUGCUACUCGACAGUUGUUCUCAAAUUUCGGCCAUGACAAGUGAUUGCUUCGCUCGGUUAGGCCUGUCUAAACGUCGUUUUAAAACCGAUAUCGUCGGUCUCGCUCAAAGUCCCGUGAAUCACGUACAAGGCGUAACCAGUUGUCAAUUUUCGUCGCAUUUUGAACCUCAUUUGUUCCCGUCAGUCGAUUUAGUAAUUCUUACGCAAAUCACCACCGCCAUGCCAUCUACGCGGUUACCAGCGAGCGUACGUUCUAAGUACCAACACCUCUGUCUCGCCGACAACAAUUUCGAUAUCCCGUCGCGCGUCGACGUCCUAUUCGGCGCCGACAUAUUACCAAGUCUUGUUCGCGCACAUGCCGGCGUCGAGCAUCAUCCCGGCCUUCCAUCGGCCUUGGACACUCAACUCGGUUGGAUAGUUUUUGGAUCAUUCACUACACCGAACUCGUCAUCCUUAUCCGCGUUGACCACUGCCGUAAGUCCGCCGUCGAUUGGGGAUUUAUUACAGAAGUUUUGGCUGGUUGAAGAACCCGCCGUACCAUCGUCGCCCACCACAGAGGACCAAUGGUGUGAAGAAUAUUUCAAGACGUCUACUUCACGUGAUACGACAGGUCGAUUUUGUGUCGCCCUACCAUUUCGACAUUUAUUCACCGACUCAGAUCAACAUCAAGAUGCCACGCCGCGUCACGGUCUCGGUGACUCGCGCUCCAUAGCGCUAAAACGAUUUUAUAAUUUAGAAAAACGGUUGACCAAGGAUUCCGUUUUAUACGCGGCCUACCGAAAGUUUAUGUCAACGUAUCAAUCGUUAGGACACAUGGUACCAGCUCCGGCACCGGGCACAUAUUUUAUUUCGCAUCACGCCGUACUCAAGGCCGACGGUGACGUGUCCAAAAUACGCGUCGUGUUCGACGCCUCGUCCGCUUCGUCGUCCGGUCGCUCUCUCAACGACGUCUUGUGCACCGGACCGAAACUACAAGUUGACUUACGCGACAUACUACUUCGUUGCCGCAUGCAUAGGUAUAUUUUAUCCGCCGACAUCGUCAAAAAGUAUCGACAAAUUUUAAUUCGUCCGGAAGAUCGGACAUUUCAACACAUAUUUUGGCGCGAUUCACCCAACGACGAACUCGUCGAGUUUCAACUAUGCACUGUCACGUACGGUCUCAACUGCGCGCCGUAUCUUGCCGUACGCUGUCUUCACGAGCUCGAUCGCCAAGAAGGUCACCGCUUUCCAUUAGCGAAGGACGUACUUACUCGGGCCCCCUACGUCGACGAGAAGGGUGUCAUACGAGUCGGAGGCCGUCUGCACUUCUCCAGUGCCGGUCAUGACGCGAAGCACCCGAUGUUACUGCCGCGAUCCUCGCACCUCACCGAAUUGAUCAUCCGCCAUUACCAUUUGUCAUUAUUGCACGGCGGAUCAAGGCUGAUACUAUCAAUGUUGAACCAAAAAUAUUGGAUAUUGUCAGGUCGCGCGGCAGUUCGACGUGCCAUCUUUUCGUGCGUUCCGUGCACACGACAUAAGGCUGUCCGCCCUCAACCAUUGAUGGCUGACCUACCAUCCUACCGAGUUCAACCUCACCGUCCGUUCUCACACGUCGGUAUGGACUACGGAGGGCCGUUUCUCGUUAAGGAACACCGUCGUCGAAAUGCACAUUCGGUCAAGGUCUACCUCGCCUUAUUUAUUUGUAUGUCCGUCAAGGCGGUCCACCUCGAAAUCGUGUCCGAUCUCAGCACUGACGCCUUCCUCGCGGCUUUAGACCGGUUCGUCGUCCGCCGUGGGAUCCCGUCCAACCUCUACUCGGACUGUGGCACAAAUUACGUCGGCGGCGCCCGCCAAUUAAAAUCGUUAUUUCGCGACGCCAAGGCCCAAGACCGUCUCUCGUCGCACCUCAACUGCACCUGA